AUGCAGCCAGAAAAGACUGCUCGCAGCAGGAUAAAUUCAAAAGCAUGUGAUCAAUGCUAUAGAUGUAAAGUCAAGUGUACAAUGGAGCUCAGCGGCUGCGGCCGCUGUCGAUUGACGGGUGGCGUAUGCACGUACAGCCUGGGCAAAUGGAUGGGCCGGCCAAAGAAGUCGAGCCAGCAAAACUCGAAAGCCCGAGCAAGAAGCAUGAGAGAUGCUGAAAGUAUCUCUCUAGAGCACGACAUGAACUCUUCGGAAACACCACAAACAUGGGAGAUGCUCUCAUCUGCUAUGGACGAUUCAGACAUGAAUACUUUGAAUCAUGACGCAAUAUCGCUAUUCUCGAUGGGCGAUAACACACCAACCAUAGUUGAAGACUGCUAUACCGCCCCCGAUGAAUGCCUAAUUAUCAAUACUUCAGAUAAGAAGACAAGUUCCAGUUCUAUCUCGCCAGCUUGGGUCCAAGCAAGAGAGACCUCAAUAAGAGGCGUAGAGACCGGUAGCACGCCAUCGUCACAAGAGUUCCGACGAGGCAACUAUCAUAAGCAUCGAGACAGCGCAUACUCAUAUCAUCCGACUCCACAGAGCCCAGGUUGUUCUCACAAUUUCAACUUUGGGACAAUGGAUACAGAUUUCACAGCUUCGCCAUCAGUCUCCUUGGUAGGCAACAUCGAAACAAAUUCUAUGAGACAUGCAGAAGACAUGGAUGGUGUGCAAACACGUCCCAUGAUGCAAGAAGGAUCUACAUCUUUUAACGAGGAAGCGUGUCACUGCAAGUGCUCUCAAGUUGCGCUAGCUUGCCUAGACAAAAUCUCCAUCGUGCCUUCUGAAGCCCGGUACAUCGACCGUCUCAACACCAUUCAAUCCGCCCUCAUCACUGCAGAGCGGCUAGUCCUCUGCACAGAUUGCCAACCCAACAUGACCAUCGCAAGAUGCUGCUUCAUCCUGGGAAACACUCAUGAGCUGGUGAGUGAUGUGAACUCCCACGCAGGAGACGCAUCCAGCCCUACUACCGCCAUUUUCUCCCGCCAAUCAAUAGAAUACGUCCGGCGCAUUAAGCGCCGCGCCAGCAUGCUUUUUGCGGGGUUGAAAACAUUGCAGGAUUUAGUGUCUGGGGAUCGGCGUCUUUCAAACAUGCAGUCUGAGUUUCUAUCAGUGCUUGCGAAUUCUUGGCUUUCUCUACCAGAUUAUCGAGAUUGA